UCGAAGAGAUCAACUUCAACUAAUUGUCUCAUGUUAACUCAAAGACAUGAAUGCGAACAAUAUUUUAGCUUUUGCUAUCUUCAUACUGAAUUCUGAGCUGGCUUUCGGGGUAGAUGAGUGUUUGAUAAAUGGAAAAUGGAAGCCCUACAAGAGCAGCCAACAAACAUGCUGUGGCGGAGUGCUGGAGCGUUAUACACAGGGGAAGAAAUGCUGCAAAGAGACAGGUAGAGUCUACUACGAAAACCAUGGGCUGUGUUGUGAAGACAAGAUGUACGAAAGGUACGAUGAGAAUGGGGUGGAGUAUGGAUGCUGCGGUAACACGAAAAUCCCCAUGGAGAGGACAGUCUGCUGCGGGGGUGUCAGCCAUCCUAGACACCCAGAUAUGGGUUGUUGCGGCAAGCAGUACAUCAACCUAACGUCGCAGAUGUGUUGUCAAAAUGAAGAUAACCCUGCACUGGUCAGCAAACACGUUCGCGGCCCGAACUACACGUGCUGUGGUCACCUUGUUGUCGACCUGUCCAAUCAGAACUGCCGCUGGAACAUCUCCGGCAACACACGCAAUCCGAUAGCAGUCAACAGACUGGACGAGAUCUGUGAUGGCAAGAUCAUCUCACGCCGUGAGAAGUCCUGCUGUGAUGACAAAAUCUAUGAUCAACCGUACCUGGACCCUGAAGACAUGUCCCAAAGAAACCCUACGGUGGAAUGUUGUGGCACAGUUGGGUACAAUAACCAGAGACAAGUCUGCUGUUCCCAGUAUCCUGGGGCCGAGGUUGUCAUUCCUGCUGAUGACCACUUGCAGUGCUGUGUGGGUAGUGAGACAGGGUAUUAUAACACCACGGCAGAGCUAUGCUGUGCUGGCAGCACCUGGACCAGAUCUAGCAGCCAUGACACAUGCUGUGGGACACACAGGAUAGAUGGGCACAGCCAGGGAUGCUGUGCUGGACACCCCUACAAGAAGGACACUCACUUCUGCUGUGAUGGUUCCCCAUCGAGGGUACUGAAGGCACUGAAGGAAGGCAGUACAUGUUGUGGGGGAGCGAGGCUGGCGCCAAGCAAGAUGUGCUGCCAAAACACACAGGUGGAGACCAAGGAAGGUCAUGACGCUUGCUGUCUAAGCUAUUACUCAAGACAGUUUGCCACAUACAACAGCUCGGAAAAGGAGUGCGUUGAAGGGGAAGUCCAGACAAUCAUGAAACUUGAUGACCGGUACUGUGGCCAUGUCCCAUACAGUGACAAUAAAGCUGUGUGCUGCAACGGUCAAGUCCACUACUUUCCUCCCGGAGACACUCUCGGCUGCUGCCGGCGCUGGGAUCUGAAGCAGACAGUCUACAGUGAGACCACCCAGAUGUGCUGCCAGGGUCACGUCCACAAUGAGUCAGCCAAUGAUGCAGAAUGCUGUGGGGCUAGGUCUUACCCUAAACAUUCACACCAAAACCCCUGUCAUGAGAAGUGUGGAGGCUCCUACUACAAUGCUGAUGUCACUGUGUGUUGUGGCAAUAAGCAGUUCUUGAUGGAAGAGCAUGGAGACGAUUGCUGUGGAAACUCCCCCUACUUCAGCAUGGUCAGCUAUUGCUGUGGUAAGGAGCUUUACAACCCCAAGAAGAAAUCCUGCUGUGGGGGAUAUGCAGUUGUUUCCCGACGAGGCCGCAGAAGACAGCGAUGUUGUAAAAACACAAUGGUGUAUUUUCGCAAAGAUGGACGAUGCAAAUCCAAUGGAAUCGUUGAGUGGAAAAAGGAUAUACAUCCAAUGGAAAAUUUAUGUAGAUGGAAGACAUGGAAAAAUCUGAAUGGGAUUGAGGUGAAAGAGUGCUUCCAAACAUUUGCAAUCCGGUGCACCAUCAAGCACUUCCUGAAAGAAAAAGAGGAACUAAGCAUUAUGAUGAAAUGCCGGAACCUGAAGCGCCGAUACCUCAGGGAGAAAUACCACGAUUCAUUCCUGACUCCUGGCAAGAACCAACUGACUGUCCGCAUGAUGCUAUCCACCAAGAAGAAGGUCCGGUGCAACAGACAGCGACUGAAAAACAGGAGGGUGAUCAUCUUUCUGGAUAAGGAACCUAUCAAGAAGAGAAGUCAUUUUGACCUGAGAAUCUCUGAGAAAGAUUCAUUCCGUGUUGUUGCAGACACAAAACAUAUACGUGAUCACUUGGAUGGAACUAGCUCACAGAAAUACUGCAAAGAAUUAUCUAAAAUUUUGAGCAAUGAGCAUGAUGAGGAUCUGUAUCAAUAGAUGGUGUAUGCUGACCCCCAUUUCACCAAAGUGGCGGAUGUAGGAUUGUAAAACAUGAGGGGUGGGGGUGGUCAUGGGUGGCACAAGUCACAAAGUGAACUGGAGCACCUGAUAGAAGACAUACUCAAUUGACACAUCAGGUAUCUGGGGGGUCACCCAGUGGAUGGUUACUAGGACCAAACAAGAAUAUCCACCAUUCCUUGUAGCAUUCAUUUACUUCCCAGCUAAAGCAUUUGGCAUGCUCCUGUGAUGGCCGGUCACUUGGCCGGACUAGUUGAUACAGCCCUGCAUAGCCGAAGUACAGUGUAGACAUGUGGGGGUAGGAUGUAAGUGGGCAUCUGUAUAGACUAAAUGUAUCAUUGUAAAUGUGUGUGUGUGUGUGUGUGUGUGUGUGUGUGUGUGUGCGUGUGUGUGUGUGUGCGUGUCUGUGUGUGUGUGUGUGUGUGUCUGUGUCUGUGUGUCUGUGUGUGUGUGUGUGUCAUUACAUCUAUGUAUGAAUGUAUCAUUGUGUCCAUCGGAAUGUUGUAUAUACAUUCACACAUAGUUGAGUCGAAUGUACAAUCUUAUUGGUGUAAAUGUCCCACUGCAUACCAAAGUCAUGCCCCUGUUUAUAAUAGUUUUUUUUAAUGUUUUAACAGUUUCUAUUGUGUCUUAGAAGCCUGGUAAUACACUCCCAGUAUACCCACCUGCCAAACCUUAUACCUAACACAGUGAAUGUACAAUCUUUCCUAUAAGCUCCACCUGCUUGUGUGCAGCUAGCUCGUGAUGGAGUCAGUGAUACAGUCACUGUACUUAGUCACUUCCAUGUCCAAAAAUAGGCCACAACAAAUUCAGCCUUUAUUUUAUAGCUAUUAUCUUGUUUCAACAAAGGGAGGGAUCCGAGUCUUUCCUCAAAAGAUGUUGUUUUGUAGAUGCAUAUGUCAUUUGAGCUUUACAAAUUUACCUCCACCUUUAUCUUUUUACCUUGUAUAAAAAAACAGCUGCCAACAUAACAAGUGAGAAAUAUUGAUCACUGGAAACAAAAACAGAAUAUCAGCCAUAUAGGGGCAUGCAAGAAACCAACAUUGAAUAACUUACAGGAAACAAUGAAGCACCUAAAACAGCUAGACCUGAAUGGAAAGUGGGUGCAAGACCCAAGACCAUAAUCCCCGUUUUUAGGCAUUACCAGGUGUGUGUUGGUAACUGUGAACCAAAAUACCUUCUAAAAACGACAAACAAGUUUCUCAAAAUUACAAAGUGUAUGAACAUUGAUGAUUAUUUAUGAGUUUUGUUUGUUCGCUGUUUGACACUGCCCUCAGCAACAUUACAGUUAUAUGAUGCAGUCUAUUAGUAAUCGAGUUUGAUAUAUGCAUUUAAUUUAUUGUAGUUGAUCAUCUCCUACAGAACAGGGCCUUCAUUCUUCCACCAGCUGUACUUGUCACUCAAGUGCCUAGUCAUGUUCAUUAUCCAUCUUAAGGAGGGCAGUUUGACAAUGCAGUAUAUUUAUUGCACAUUACUAGAGUAUUGAAGUAGAACUGCAGACACUCCUCAUGCUGCUAUAGGAGGAAUGCUUGCAGAUUAGUAAACUAAAGUUGGUGUGUAUGUUAGUGUUGACAUGUUCAGGCUGGACUUUUUAAAGAGUGGUUCACUCACUUCCCAUAACGUAAAUUAAAUUAAAAAUAUUAAUCCUUGUGAAUAGCCUACCUCUGUUACAUCACUACCUUAAAUCACAUAUUUUGGCAGUCUUCACUCUAUAAAAUCUUCAGCUUUUCAACACAAGUCCUUUUCUCCAUUAAUAAUCCAUAGGUACAUGUAGUUCUAGUAUCUUGCUUCCUGUAUUUCCUAUGCACUUGUUUCCAAAAUCUAAAUCAUAGAAUCCGAUUGUUGGGAAGGUGGGUGGGUAAUAGUGAUAAUGCCUCUGAUGUAAUAGUGGUAGUAUUCUUUGAAAUAUUAACAAUGAUAAUUAUUGUUUGAUAAUGCUUGUGAAUACCCUACUUCUAUGACAUCAUUGCCAGAGUAUACUAGAGACUGGUGGAUUCUGACAUCUAGUAAUACCCUGGAUAGUUGACAAUCUGUUAAAAUUGAGAGACAAUAAAACUCACAAAUCAUUCUUAAUUUGGGUUUUUGUCGCAACCUUCACUAUUGGACUUCCUGAUAGUGCCUAAAACCAACUCAAUAUUGAUGUUAUUUUAACGCAAGAAUAGGUAAACAAUAAACCUUAUUACCUUAUAAACCCUAAUUAUCAUUAUUCCCGCGACUUAUGCGUGUGUUACUGGCAACAUGUUCUGAUAACCGAUAAUCUUUCUAAGGAAAUGUUAAAAGCUAUUUUAUUUUCCCAAACCCUCCCAACACGACUUCUCACCAAAUAAUCUGUAAGCCAAUAGAAAAAGUCUGGCCUUGUCAUGCUCAUAAAGGUUGAUAUUGAGAGUAACUAUUUAUUUCUCACAUUACGUCAUCAUUGCAUUUACUUUUCCCUGUAUGUAUUUAUUAUGUGAAUAUUAUGUGAAAGGUCACAUGAUCUCAAAAAUCCAUGAACAUUUUGAAGGAUAAAAUGUCAUUAUUUUAUAAUAAAA